UUAUCUCUAGGAUUUACUCUUGUAUGCGACGUGAUUGCUCGAAAUCGAAACAAUACCUUCGAAUGAGCCGAGCCAAGCCACAGAUGGUGAUUUCAGUUUACUAAACCGAAGACGUCGUUUCGUUCUAGUCGAACUGGUUGUUCUUUUGGAACUCGAACGUGUGUUGGUUUUUUUUUCGACAAGUUUUUUCUGGCAAGGGUUCGUCGUAUUUUUAGAUUUUAGAAGUAUUCGUGAGUUUGGUAGUUUGCAGUAGACUUGGAAGUGUUUCUAGGCAAAUUGACGAUUCGAGUGUUGUUUAGUUGAAAUUUUGGAUUAUUAUUAUUUUUUUUGGUAGCCAAUUUUGAAGGGAAAUAUUCAUCCAAAAUGCAGCAAAUGUGUCUGUCGUGUUGUUGUAUACCGAAACGUUACGUUAUCGUAUUAUUAGCCUUUUUUGGCUACAUAAAUAUGUAUUGUUUACGUACCAAUUUGAGUAUGGCUAUUGUACAAAUGACGUCUCAGAAAAAUAUCACCUUGGAAAAUGGAACAAUCAUAACUGAAGAACCUGAAUUCAAUUGGGAUUCCAAGCAGAAAGGCUUCGUGCUGAGUGCUUUCUCGUAUGGGUAUUUGGCUGCUCCUUUGGGAGGAUUUUUGGCUACCAAGUUUGGAGGUGGUACGAUUUUUGGUAUCGGUGUCCUGAUGACUGGAGUAACCACCCUGUUCACCCAACUCGUGCUUUAUUUACAUUUUUACCUUUUUAUCGCAUCCAGGGUCAUUGAAGGAUUGUUCGAGGCGUUCGCUUUUGCCAGCGUUGCUGAGCUUUGGUCUAGAUGGGCACCUCCCAACGAACGUUCGAAAUUCGUCAGCUACAGUUUUACCGGAAUAUUCAUCGGAACAGCUGUUUCGUUCUCGAUUUCCGGAUUUCUUAUCAAGCUUUGGGGUUGGCCUGCGGUAUUUUAUACAAAUGGUAUCAUAUCGGUUAUUUGGUACGUAUUUUGGUACUUGCUCGUUACAAAUGAUCCAGCUGACGAUAAAUGCAUUUCGAACGCUGAGAAGACGUAUAUUUUGACGAAGGUUAAGCGAAAUCAGGAAAAGGUGGUGAUCCCUUGGAGGUAUGUGCUCACCUCGGUACCUUUAUGGGCAGCCUGUGCGGCGAAAUUUGCCUUCAGUUGUGGCCAUUCGAUCACCAUUAUGUGUUUACCUCAAUACAUUAAAGAUAUCCAUAAUAUCGACAUCAAACAAAUAGGAUUCAUUUCCAGCAUACCUCAUAUUUGUGCCAUCGUGUCGUACCCCUUAUGCGGAAUUAUCGCCGACUACCUCAGGAAAAAUGAAAUCUUCACCCCUACCCAGGUUCAUAAAAUAUACGUAACUAUUGGAUUCUUGGUGGGAACGGUGGUGUUCUUUAUCGCCGGACUUUGGUCCAAUUUCAUCGCCAGUAUAGCUUGCAUGUCCAUGUUCAAGUUCUUCAUCAGUUUCAGCGAAUUAGCCAUUCAAGUCGUUGCUUUGGACAUGGCCCCGAGAUUCUCUGCUUUAUUGUCUGGUAUUACUAAUUCGUUCCUUACCAUGGCAGCUAUCGUGAGUCCAACCGUGGUCGGAUACAUUGUGACAGAACAUAGUGCUGCUCAAUGGAACACUUGCUUCAUCCUGCUCAGCGUCGUGUACAUCCUAGGUAUCGUGGUAUUCGUAUUUUUCGGCUCCGGUAAACAACAACAUUGGGCUAUGGCUCCAUCCGAGAAAGAAAACGCAAUCAAAUUUAAUCACAUUCACGAACAGACGAAACAAAACAUAGCGUAGCUCAUCAAGUGUAGUCAAUUUUCUGAGCGGAAAAUGUGAUCUCAGAUCUCAAAGUGAUAGGUUUUUUUUUUACACACCGAAUGAAAUAUCUGCGAGUUUUAUCUACCUAUGAAUUUUUGUAGUGAGCAGACGGCAUUUAUUUUAUAUAAAGGACGAAGGAGAUUACCUACCUAAUCCUUUAUCUAGUCAUUUUUAUGUGAAUUUUAUUACGAUAAUAAUUAUGUCCUGUAGUCUCCAGGUUUUCCCCAAAAUGUGUUUGUGAUUUAU